CAAAUGUGGCGGCGCUAUUGACGCAUGCCCAGGGUCUGUAUGCAAAAUCUAGUGUAUGACUUUAGGCAACAAAUGUGUUUAUAACGCCAACGCGUCUUCUCUGUCGCAAAAAUCUACCGUAUAUCGCUUUGUAAUGUCGCAGCGAGACACUCCUCUUUCCUGUGCGCUGCUACGAAACCAUCAACAUAACACAGAUCGCACGCUGAAGCCGCGGCCAUCUUACUCAUGGCAAGCUGUUUAUAACUCUUAUAACUGGAUUCAAGAAGAAAAAAAUGCCCACCUCCUGUGUUGCCGUGGGAUGUAAAAACCGCUACACGACUGCAAACAAGGCUCGGGGAAUCACGUUUCACAAGUUUCCUAAAAACAUCGAGUCGAGGAAGCAGUGGGAAUUAGCCGUAAAAAGAGGAGUUUCUGCAAGUAGGUACUCGGUGCUGUGCAGUGAACACUUCAGGCCGGAGGACUUUGACAGGACGGGUCAGACUGUGAGGAUUCGGGAUGGAGUUAAACCAUCCAUUUUCAACUUCCCAGCUAAUCUACAAAAGGCUAGAAAGUCUUUUACAACCAGCACAACACAAAACUGGAUAAAAGCUGAAGGGAGAUCAUCAGUGGACUGUUCUCAGGAUUCACAGGGCACUAAACCUUCACUACCCGACACUGUUAAACAGACUGUGGUACCAAGGACGACACAUACCUCAAUUAAAGCAGAAAAGAUCAUGUUAGUAGACUGUUCACUGGAUUUCCAGAAGACCGACACUUCGCUUCCUAACACUGCUAGAAAGCCUGUGCUAACCAGGACAACACACACUUCAAGGAAAGCUGAAGAGAAAUCAUCAGUCGAUUGUUCUCAGGAUUUCCAAGAGACUAAUCUUCCACUGCCUGAAAUUCCUGUGGCAGCCUCCAAAACAGCUGAGGAGAGAUUGUCAGAGGACAUUUCUCAGGAGGACACUGAACCUCUGCUGCUUAACACUGACCACUCCUAUGCAUUACCUGGAUCUCCCGAUGAUCUGAAAGUCAGACUCGGUGAAGUCUUGGCCCGAGUGGAGCGUCUGGAGCGAGAGAUGAGGAAUAUGAAGGACCGAGAGCGCAGGGCGAAGAGGGCUGUGUAUUAUCUUCUACAGGAUAUGAAGGAGAAGAAUACGAAGACCUGAAGAAGAAGCUCAGCAUCUCUACUCUGGUGAAAGAUCUGGCUAAAAGGUGGUGUGUGUCACAAUGGAUGAACGUGCCUACAGUAUAACCUGUUAAAAGCUACCUUCAGAGGCUGCAUAGCUGGCACAGAAUAUGUCUGAUAAUGUGCAGAGUAAUCUGGAAAUGGCGUUCAGGUUCAAGACGUACUGCACGCAUCAGACAAGCUAACAGGUGUGCACGUCAUUUAUGAUUGCCAGCAGAUGAAGGUGUCUUUGAAUGCACAGUCACAAAUGUACACGUACUUUGUGCAUAUUCUAAGUAGGGAUGCACCAAUCCAAUUUUUGGACUGGAUAUUGGAUUUGAUUGGGUAUUGACCAGUGGUACAUUCCCAUUGUUAGCCAGCUAAGGUUGCAAGUUCUGUUGUCACAAACAGAGUUCAAUGAUUCUGCAUUCCCCAAAUCCAUAAUUCCAGUGAACAUU